AUGUUGACCCCGUGUCCAGCAUUGCGGCGGCAAGUUCUUACGAUCUACAAAGAACUUCUUCAUUUAGGAAAGGAUUAUCCCACUGGAUAUACCCACUUUCGUCAAAACUUGCAUAAAGCUUUCAUAAAAAAUAUCUCAAUCGUUGAUGAAGAUGAAAUUAAAGCCAAUAUAAAACGCGCCGAAUUCGUUAAAAGAGGUAAGUGA